CAGCGAAACGCAUGGCUUCCGCGCUCACGUACGAGCCUGUGGCAAGAUGUUCGACCACCAAGGCCCGCGCCGCUACGCUUCACCUUCCUCAUGGCCCUGUCCCGCUUCCGAUAUUCAUGCCCGUGGCCACGCAGGCCUCGCUAAAGGGUCUUUCACCUGAACAGCUGGCGGAGACGAGCUGCCGGCUGUGCCUGAAUAACACAUAUCACUUAGGAUUGAAGCCGGGACAGGCGACACUGGAUGCGAUAGGCGGCGCACACAAACUGCAGUCAUGGCCGCAUAACAUCUUGACAGAUAGUGGCGGGUUCCAGAUGGUCUCGCUGCUCAAGCUCGCCAAGGUCACGGAAGAAGGCGUAAGAUUCCUGAGUCCGCAUGAUGGGACGCCUAUGCUGCUCACGCCCGAACACUCGAUUUCUUUGCAGAACAGCAUUGGCUCGGACAUCAUUAUGCAACUAGACGAUGUCAUCGCGACAACCUCUCCAGACCACGCACGCAUCAAGGAAGCCAUGCACCGUUCAAUACGAUGGCUGGACCGCUGCAUAGAGGCGCACAAAUACCCCGAGAGGCAGAACCUGUUCUGCAUUAUCCAGGGCGGUCUCGACCUCGACCUCCGCCGGCAAUGCUGCGAGGAGAUGGUGGCUAGAGAUACGCCUGGAAUUGCCAUUGGUGGACUCUCGGGAGGAGAAGAGAAGGAGUCGUACUGCCAAGUCGUGAAGACAUGCACAGAGCUCCUCCCCGACAACAAGCCGCGCUAUGUUAUGGGCGUCGGAUACCCCGAGGAUCUAGUGGUAUCGGUUGCGUUGGGCGCUGACAUGUUCGACUGCGUAUGGCCCACGAGGACCGCCCGGUUCGGCAACGCCAUCACCUCCAAGGGCGUCCUGACCCUGCGGCACGCAUCGUUCGCGGCAGACUUUACGCCGAUUGAGGAGGGCUGCACGUGCAUGUGCUGCAGGUCCGAAGCUGACGGCGGCCUUGGUAUCACAAAGGCGUACAUCUACCACGUCACGGCCAAGGAGACUGCGGGGGCGCAUCUGCUCACGAUGCACAACGUGCACUACCAACUGUCUCUGAUGAGAUCGGUGCGGGAGGCGAUCAUUGAGGACCGGUACCCGGCCUUCCUCAAUGCCUUCUUCAACAAGCUGUAUCCAAACAAGGACUUUCCAGCUUGGGUCGUCGGGGCGCUCGGCGGGGUGGGGGUGAGACUAGAAUAGCGGUCGAAUCAAGACGAAACAUUGUACAAUAACCCCUGUCAGCCUUAAAUACCCAGAUCCUUGUCGGGACGCACGGGCCUCGCGCGAGCUUGGGGUUGUGAUUCCCCUCGGUCGGUCUUGGACACAGCGAAACAACCAGGAGAGACUCAGCUGCUCACCAACAUGGCCCUUUGACCGCGCACCCCACGAUCCGUUCCCCCCUGAAACCUGUCGCUCUUUUACAAACAAUGCAGAAUGAUCCAGCUCCCUCCGACCCCGCGCCCGCGGAACAUGCCUCGCAGGCCUUAAAUCCCGACAACUCCCCUCGUCUUUCCAAAUCCAUGAAGCGCCUCUCGAUCAACACGGCCGCAAACCCUCCCCGCCCUGAUUCCCCGAGCAUGAGCUCUCCUCGUCGCGCUCCGGGCCAGCGCG